AUGGAGGGGAUCGACCCUCGCCUGCGCGACACAGCUCCAGCUCCAGCUCCACAACAUUACGAGCAACAUCAACGGCCAACCGUCAGCUACGACAGAGGAGCGAGUCAAAGUACAGGGUACGACGCGUUGCCGCAAUCCAGUACAACCACGUCAGCAGGCCAGUCUCAACAACACCCAUACUAUGGCAUGCCCACGCCGGGAUCAUACUCAAGCAAUCAACAUCAAGAUGCAAGUGCUAGUCCAUACGACAUCCAGGCACCCCAAAACUCAGCUGAUCCCAAUGACCUGAAACGUCCUCGAGCUUGUGAAGCAUGUCGCCAGCUCAAGGUCAGGUGCGAACCAGACGAUAAUAGCCCAACGGGUUCAUGUCGGAGAUGCGCCAAGGCCAGUCGGCAAUGCGUCGUCACCGCUCCGAGCAGGAAGCGACAAAAGAAAACUGACAGUCGGGUUGCUGAGUUGGAGAAGAAGAUUGAUGCUUUGACUGCCACGCUUCAUGCUCAGCAAGGACCAGAAUCUGGUGACACCUCUAUCGAUCCUGCUAUCGCUCAAGCUCAGAUGGCAGAGUUGGAACAUCAGCGUGGCCAGGUUUAUCAGCAACAGCCGUGGCCGGACAGAUCGAGAGACGGUCCUGGCCGCAGGGAGUCGAACAGCCUAUCGUCUCCGGUCGCUGCAGAGGGGCUGACUGGCUGCAAACGCAAGAUCAAGAAUGAGGGAGACCUAUACAACACAGGACAUCAGGCUGAUCAGCAGCAGAUGCAGAGCAAGAUAGUGCCAAACCCUCCACAGCUUGCGACUUUGUUUAAUCAACACCCUCCUGCCGCUAAGGAAAUGAAGGAGAAUGCCUAUAUCGAUGUGAUUGACCGCCAUAUCGUUGAUGCCGCUACAGCGUAUCGCAUGUUUGACCGCUACAAUACUGAAAUGAAGACCCUGCCAAUCGUCGUAUUUCAACCAGGCACCAAAGCUGAGGACAUCCGUCGAUCAAAACCGGUCCUGUUUCUGUCAAUUCUUUCAGCUGCCUCCAACACAAUCCGGCCAGAUCUACAACUGACAUUCGUAGAGGAAGUGAUGCGAGUGCUCGCAGAUCGUGUCAUCGUUCGUGGCGAGAAGUCAAUGGAGAUAGUUCAAAGCUUACAGGUAAUCACAAUCUUCUAUCAGCCGCCGGAAAGAUAUGACGAAUUAAACUUCAACCAAUUGGUUCAUAUUGCUGUGGUCAUGGGCAUAGAUCUUGGGAUGGGCAAGCGAACUCGAGCUGGACAAGUUGCAUGGCGAGAGCACAUGAGUAAGGCGGCGCAUACGGACCCCGAUGCAGCAGAGACAAGGCGCGCCUGGCUGGGAUUGUAUUUCAUGUGUGCCAAUGCCGCUAUGGCGUUUCGUCGGCCUUUGCUGGUCCGCUGGUCACCGUAUAUGGACGAGUCUUUGGAAGUGCUUGCAAAGGCACCUGAUGCUCUGCCAUCGGACAAAUGGCUUGCCCAUGUGGUACGAUCCCAGCACAUCGCUGAAGAGGUUGGUUAUCAGUUCUCCAUGGAUGACCCGCCCUCAGACGUGUCAAUCACGCAGUCAAAGGUACAGUAUCAGAUGAAGACGUUCGAAAAACAACUCGACGAGUGGCGUCAAAAUUCGACAGAAGACAUGCCACAAGAUCUCCUCAAGCUUAACGAAGCGAUAAUUGAUCUCUACAUCCAUGAGAUUGCCAUGCACCACUCUCACAAUAUCGACGACUUCCGACCUCCCUACGGUAUGGAGGAGGAGAAUGAAGAACAACCCGAUUACAUCACACCAGCACAUAUCGACUCCCUGACCAUCUGCCUUGACAGCAUUCACAAAGCAUUCGACGUCUUCCUCAAUUUGCCCCUCUUGACUCUCCGCUCCUUGCCAACCUUGUUCUUCGUCCGGAACUCCUAUGCCGCCGUCGCAUUAAUCAAAAUGUACACCGCCGUCUCCGCCAAAGGCAGCAAAUUUGGCAGCGUCUUCAAGCCCAAAGAUCUCAAAGUAGAAUAUUACCUCGAUGCGAUGGUGGAGAAAAUGAGGCGCGCAGCUGACGGCGGUCAAAGUCGUAUUGCCCUGAAAUUCACCUUCAUCGUUGACAUGCUGAACAGUUGGCAAGCGAAGCGUGUAUCAGGGGAUUUGACUAGUAAAGAUAAGGGUAUGCUAAGUGUCAAGAGCCUUGAUGCCGGAUGGGCGAAGCGUCAGCAGCUCCUAGCUCAGAAUCAGCAAGAUCUCAAAACGACUUCUUGGAAUGCAACCGCUAACAAUAGCAAUUCGAAUGCGAAUGUAGCUAAAUCUCAGCAUUCGGGCCUCCAGGUGUUAAGCGAGGUAGCGAUGGGGAAUAACAACAACAAUCGCUCUUCCUGCCCGAACAGUAAUACAGCAGAUCCCGCAGCAGCCGCCGCAGCCGCUCUGGCAGCCUCCACUACCAAUACCAACAACACCACAACCCAAGCAUCAUGGAGUUCGCAACUGGCCGCCUACACCGAGAUGCAGCCCCAACACCAGCCGCAGCCGCAGCAGCAGCAGCAGCAGCAUUCGAUGCCUAACAUGCAAGCGCCAGCCGAUUUCUUCUCCCAGGGCUACAUGACCGAUCUUGAUAACUUUACCUUUACGGCCGAGGAGUUGGGCGCCUUGGGUAAUAUGAUGGAUGAUCCUGCUUGGCUGAGCUUUGGCUUGGAGAGUGGAGGCUUGGGCUUGGGCUUGUAG